GCAGCCCAGUUACGCUUGAGCGGCGAGCUGGUUGUUUAUGAACCUCUCAGGACGAUAUAAUCAAACAAAUGAGGUAUUUGUGUCAGAUAUUUGGGUUCGGAACCGAGUUUUGUUUCCUUCCUGUCUUGUUGGGCGCAGUUCAUGGAAGCUCCCAGAGUUCCACUGGGUUUUGGAGCGGAUAUCCCCUCUAAUGAAUGAUCUGAAGGAAUCCCCGGGGAGGCAGCAGUCCACCGGGAGGACACCCUGUCCCGGGCCGGAUGCCAUGGGGGGCGCAGUGGGGCCGCUUCUGCUUUGGCUGCAGGAUGUGGCGGCUGUGACUCUCCUGAAGGCCCGGAGGACCAUCUUCCAGGCCGCCAUCCUGUUCUGCAUCCUCUGCCUGCUCCUGUGGGUCUCCAUAUUCCUCUAUGGGAGCUUCUAUUACUCCUACAUGCCCUCCGUGAGCUUCUCCACACCGGUGCACUUCUACUACUCCUCGGACUGCAGUGGUCCGGGGCUUUGCUCCUUCCCUACAGCCAACAUCUCCUUCAUGAGGAACGACAGAGACCCUGUCAUGGUCAGCGGGCAGCCUUAUCGAGUGUCUCUGGAGCUGGAGAUGCCUGAGUCUCCUGUGAACGAGCAGCUGGGCAUGUUCAUGGUCAAGAUGUUUUGUUACACCAGGGGUGGGGGGAUCAUUUCCUCGGUGGGGCGAUCUGCGAUGCUGCAUUACCGUUCUGACCUCCUGCAGACUUUGAGCACUUUCUUCUUCUCUCCUCUCCUCCUGACCGGCAUGGCUGAGCAGAAGCAGCUCAUAGAGGUGGAGCUCUUCUCUGAGUACAAGACAAACGCUUACCAACCCACCAUCGGCGCCGUCAUCGAGAUCCACUCCAAACAGGUGCAGAUUUAUUCGUCUCGCCUACGCAUCCAUGCCUACUUCACAGGCAUACGGUACGUUAUGUACAACUUCCCGGUAACGUCUGCCGUGAUCGGCGUGGCCACCAACUUCACCUUCCUGAGCGUCAUUGCGCUGCUGGGCUACCUGCAGUUCAUAUGGGGGGGGCUCUGGCCUCCCGAUCAGGUGAAAGUCAAGGUCAUGAUGGGAGACAACACUCGCAUCCAAAAGAGGACGGAGGAGGUCCGGAAGCGCAUGGAGAAAGAAAACUCUCUGAAGGAUCUGAGUUCUCCUGCGACGAUCGAAUCUUUAAGGGACAUCCGGGGAAACGGCUCCGACGUUCCUGAAGCUCAAGAUCCAAGAAGUGAGGAAGAGGAGCUGCAGGACGAGCAAGGUUCGCUGGAAGCAGACGGUUCGAGUGGACGCCCUGCAGCUCAGCCCGGAGACCUGGAGCUGAGGCACAGACCGGGGCCCUGGAUGAGCCUCUGAACCACCAGCUGUCAGAGGAGCCGUCGGCGUCUGCUGGGUUCCAGAGAACGUCCUUCAAGGACCAAGCUCAAAAUCACAAGAAAAACUCCCCUUUUCUGUUUAGUUUGCACAGAUUUUGCUCUCUUGUUGUGAGCUCCAGUCGUAUUGUUAGCAGAUGUUGUGUCCUUUGACUUUAGCUGUCAAUAUUGUAUCUUCAUCAACCCGUUCGAUCAGUUGGUUUUACCGUUCUGCUGGGGUCUGGUUUCAAAUCUGAUGCCAGUGAAGUUCUUGCUCCAACCUCUUCUCUCUGAAAUCUCCUCAGAGGAGUUUCAUUUGGGAAGAAGAAGAUCUCAGUAAAAGUCUCUGACCCUGAAGGUCGUUUGCAGCUAAAACUUUUUCUUCUGUCUCAGUGAAACUGGGGACCUGCUACCUUUAAACACGUGUUUGUCGCUUUGCCAGGUUUUGCUCUUAUUUUUAUAUAGAUUCUAUUGUUUCCAUGACAACUAACCAGGCAGCGUUUUAGGCGAGGAUUUGAAAUCCUAUGUGCUUGAUAAUAACUGUGUGUUCUUAUGUUAUAGUUCUGUGUUUGAAAAACUAAAGUUAUGUAAAAGUUUGUAAAUGCGGCUGCUGCUGGUUUGCAGUUGGACUCCCUGAUGUUUCCGCUGGACUCUGUGAGAGCUCAGACGCCGACUCGGACGCAGAGCGGCGGCGUUGUGUUUUACCAAAGAUUUGAUUCAACCUGAUGAGGCUCGAGAAAGACAUUAUUUAUGCACUGAAAAAUAAAAUGAGCAAAAAGUA